UUCGAUAAAUGCAAUCUGUAACAUCUAAUUUUGCAGCGAUCUUUUGAAGAAUUUAUAUUUGCUGUAUCAGUGUACAUGGUAAUCUUUUUGUAGAUCAGUCGAAUGAAAUCUUUGGAGACAUAAAAGUGCUGUUAAAAAAAGCAAAAUCAUUGCAAAAUUUAGAAGUGAAGAAAAACUAGAAGCAAGAGACACAGGAAAAAAUCAUCUUUGUUUCAAUUUUACCGAAAAGCUUACUUUCCAAAUGAGUAGGACCACAAUGGUAGUAUUUUGCUACAUCACAUUGAUAAAACUUAAGCCAAUCGGUUAAAUAUCUUUUCUUCCUAAUGAUAUUGAUUCAGCGGCUUAUUUUAAGUAUUGGCUAAAAGCCAUCAGUGAAAUAUCUCUCUUAAAUUAAUUAAUUUUUUUAUGUAACAUCACCUAAAUCAGCCCUAACUUAGGCCAUUCAAAAGCCAUGAACUUUUUGGAGUUCUCUGGAGGAAGUUCUUUUUGUAGCGUUCGAUCCUUAGAAUUUUGUUUUCGAUAUUUUGCUGCAGUUUGAAGUGGCUUCUCUAAAAGAGAUUAGCUAUGACAGACUUUCAUUUGUCGGAGAAUCUAGAAACAAAUGGUUUAGAGGAAGAUGAAUUGGAAAUUGAAAUAAAAGUGAAAGAUGAAUUAGAUCGUUUAAAUGCAGCCAUUAAGGGCAUUAACCAGUUGGGCAAAGAGGCCAGUAAUGCAGAGACGUUGUUCCAAAACACUAUGAAGGAGUCAUUUACGGCACUAGAAGACUGUGCAAGAGAAAUCGGAGUUGAACGAAUUGAAAGGGCCAGGCCAUACUUUAAUGAAGUAAAACUGGUUCAACGGGCAAGCAAGCGAGUCCAUUUGGAAAGGGAGUUAUGCAAACGAAUUGAGGAAAAUGAAAGAGAGGCAAAAGAAAGAGCAAAGGAGGCUGAAGAUUGCUGUAUGAAAAUGAUGGGAAAUUCAUAUGUUGACGUUGAUGCUUUGGAGGCCUUGAAUCAAGCUGUGCUGGAUGUCAUGAAUAAUGCUUUCAUUAAGGCCUCUAGGUGUCACGAACUUGAUAAGUAUGAUAAGAAGUACACAGAGAGAAGAAAGAAUUUGGCAAAGUUGCAAGCACGUUUGAGAAACGAGAUUGAUAAUGCUAGGCCGUAUUAUGAGCUAAAAAACCAGUUAAACAAGAUGUUACUUUGCAAGAAGAAACGGGUAGAGAGUAUAAAAGAUGGUCUGAAAUCUGCAAGGAAUGUUUACAAGGCAAGCAUGAAGAAGAUCGAAGAAAUGAGCGAAGAUAUACAUAAAGAAAGAGGCACUGUUUGAAUAGAUAGACUUUAUAACUUAACAUAACCUAAGAAAAUAUGAAAGGAACCAGAUUUGAAGGGAUAUGUUGAAUUUAAAAAAGAAAGCUGUUAUGUUUCCAGUACAUAGAAUAUUUUUGAAACCAGUAAUAACAUUUUGGAUAGUAAUACUAAAGGGAUGUAGUGCUAUGAAUUUUAUACGUUGUCAAAUGAAUUUUAAUUGGCUGUAAUUUUUGGAUUUCGCAUCUUUAUCUGUCAUUUUUAGAUAAUGUUUUCCGCGAAACUGCCCUUGGGUUGUCUCUGUUUCAAUAUCUGUGUUGAAGCUACUGCACAAUUCAAUCUGCAACUUUGCUCCAGAAAUCUUCCUUUCAUGCCCUUUCAUUCCUCUAAGGCCUCAUCUUUAAUCAAAGGAAAUUCCUCGGUCAGUCGUGUUUUGCCUAUUGGUGUUCAAUUGUUUGUAAGCCUUGCUAUCGGCCCUUCUACGACUCCUAGCAAUGUGUCAGUAAAUCAUUAUAUUGAUUGGCGUUUCUUUUUUCUCGGGAUCUCCUUUGGUCCUUUCCAAGUUCCUUUUAAUCAUUCAAAUCAACUUGGCAUUACAAGGUAUUUUUGCACAUCAAACACUUCCUCU